CAGUUCGUCCACUUUAUUUGCCAGCGACCUCACGUUUCCAGUGAUGACUGCAGGGAUGAAGGGCUUAAACUUCCUCUUCUCCAUCCUCCGUUUAAGCCCCGCUCUGCAGCCCCGCCGUCUCCUCUUUAGUUCCUCCGGGAUGGUGGGUCUCUCUCCGGCCAAGAGGGUAGUGUGCCUCAGGGCGAUCAGCUGGUCGCGGGUGUAAACAAUGCCGGCGUGUGUUGCAGGCAUUCUCCCAGUGAUCCGAAGAGACCGAAGUGCGGUUAAAAGUUAUAAAAAAGUGUCCAAUAAAUUUCAAAAGCAUCUCGUCCUUGUGCGGGACGAAGAUGCACAGAGCAGCGCAAAAAUAAAUAUAAAAAACAAACAGCAAACGUUAUAAAAACACAAAAAACCGACAGUAAUACCAGGAGCUGCUACGACAGGCACCCGUUAGUACGGCGCCAUUUGUUUUUCGUACCACAGUCUUUUAAAAUAGCUGUCAUCAAACCCCUACUCAAAAAACCCACCCUAGACCCAGAGGUUUUAGCCAAUUACAGGCCAAUAUCUAAUCUCCCUUUCAUGUCUAAAAUCUUAGAAAAAGUUGUAGCCAAUCAGCUGUGUGAGUUUCUCCAGGAAAAUAAUAUAUAUGAAGACUUUCAGUCGGGGUUUAGAGCCAAUCACAGUACAGAGACAGCCUUGGCAAAAGUCACUAAUGACCUUUUAAUAGCCUCAGAUCAGGGACUUGUGUCGGUCCUAUUGACAUACACCAAACACAUAAUACAUACUCAUAUUGAUACACCACAUAUAUUCCUUAAACCAUACUCAUAGUCAACACUUUAUAUCACACAUCCCAGCUCCCUGAUUCAGUUCGCACAGAGACAGUGAGUAGACCCUGGCCCACAAUCUCUCCCCCAGACAGCACACUAACGCAGCUGCACUGAUACAGCAACAUUAUCACCUCUGGUAACCACGACAACGGAGUGCACGUACGACAUCGUCAUCACGCGAUAUUCCAAGAGGAUAUAAUCUAUGUGCGCACUCUGUUUAAGCGUCUUUCUUCCUGUGCAGCCUCCUGCGUAGAACUAGAGACCCAUGCAUGUUCAAUUGCUGGACACCGCGUUUUCCUGACCUGUGACCUCUGAAUAAACUUGCUUAACUUCAACUUGAGAACGACGACUCCUCUCCUUUGAUUUCCACCCGCAACAAAUGGUAGCAGAGGAUGGUUUUAGACGAUUGAAAAGAGCGGAGUGGAAAUCAACCAGUCGGGGAGGAGGUCGUCUCUCGGACGGGAAAGAACCGCCCUGCGUGGCUUGUCUCUCCUCGGGAACCUGAUCAAAACAGCGCUGUACUAUUAAAAGGUAAGCAGAGCCUAUUUAAUUGAAAUCUGCAUAUUGUCAUGAUAGGAAAAAAACCAAAUUCUUGAUCAGUAGUACUGAGGGUGAGUACAAGUUGCAUAUGCUAAAUUUAGAAUAGUAAUUAGAAAGGUCUGAAAACGCUGUGUAUUUAGCAAUUGUGUUUUUUUUUUUUUUUUUUAUAUUUAAUAAAGAGAUACCAGCUGCUUACACCGUAAAAUCUGACUAAAUGAGUUGGUGUAAGAGUUGCUGAAGAAGAAAAAAGGAGUUAAAAUUCAGCCAGACGCAUGUUGUAAAAUCGCUCCACGAUGGUGGUUAAUGUGGGGGUUGGCGUGACGACACACACUGUAAAACACAGCACCUUAACGGGUUUGUGUGUGGGCAUGUCGCUACGGAUUUAACUCACAGGCCCUCCAAAUCUCGCAAAAAAGGGAAUGGAAGGGCCUAACAAUUGGACUAUCAAAUAUUAUAUGUAGAAAGAGAUAUCAAAUUAGAAAAAGUGACUGUGGGGGAGACUUCUGAGGAGCAGCCCUUUUUGCGGUCUCUGCCCGUGUGUUAGCAUUCCUACACACUGAUAGUAAAGCGCACACACAUCCCCUCUCACUGACGGAGCAACACACACACAAUUUCAUGGACUGACUGAAAAAAUGGAGGAUUUUGGGGAAUAUGUGACAGCGCAAGUGAGAAAUAUGACCGCUCCUAAGGAGUGGAAGGGUAGGGAGGAAGUGUGGAGCAAGAUUUUGAUCGGGUGGCGGAAUAAAGGGUGGAUAUUGCCAGGGAACAUAGCCCCAACCCGGAAGGUGAUUGGAAGUAUGAGAGCCGCACUGCUCUUAGCAGUGGACGAGGUGGAAUCAGCAGAGAAAGCAGCUAAAUGCACUCUGUUCACCAAACACCAUGUUACAACUAAAAUGGCUAAAUUGGAAUUGGAGAUAGGCUCACAGGCUUUGGAUGUUUGCUUGCGGGUUGUGUUCGGUAUGCCGAAAUUCGGAGAAGGGACUGAUGGCUUGGGAGUGAAUGUCAAACUCCCAGUGGGGACAAGGAGCAACUGCAGGAAACAGCCAACGCCCUUGCAGUGCCAACCCCGGCCGCUGUGCCAUCCCUAUAUCCCCAAAUGCCCCCUCCUUACGGUGUCAUUACAGGUGUGAUACCCCUGUCUCCCCACCAGAGGGAGACAGGGAGGGUUCAAACUGCACCUCCACCAAAUGCCCACACAAUGGCGCCAGUGCGCGUGGCAGGGGGAGGACCUCCACCACCAUCCCACACGAUGGCGCUAGUGCGCGUGAUAGAGGGAGGAGUGCUUCAUGAAGUCAUGCAAUUGACAGGAGGACAACUUACGGUGAAAGAUGAUUCACUUUCGGAGGCAACACAGAUCCUUACAGGAACAGUAGAAACAGUCCAAGGUGAAAUCAGACUGCUGAAAGAGGAAAUGGCUGCAAUGACUGCAGCGGGAACAACUGAAGGAGACCAAGAUGGAGGGCACGAAGGUCACAGAAGCAGAAGAGAGACACCAUCACGCUCCACCAGUGGAUCGGUGAAAUCGCUUCGCUCACCGUCACCAGAUGGGGCUAAAAGAGGGCCGGCCUCUGCCCACGCAUUUGAAGGGAGGAUCAGAGAAAGGAGGUCCAGCCUUGGAGACCACACUCCAUGGGGAAAGGGGUACACCUGGACAAGGUCAAAACAACAUCCCUCCAUGACACGCACCCUGCUGCCCUCAGAACGAUGGGACCUGUCUAGCCCCACGUUGGGCGCCGGUUCUCCAUCACUCAGAUGACGAGUGGGAGAAAGAAACACAAGAUUGGGACAAGCACCAGUAUAGGUCGGGCCACUCAGAAGAGGAAGGCGAAAAGGGGGAGGAAAAAGAGGGAGUCCACGUAAUUAACGGCAUCUUACAUGACAGCCUCUCCCUACGCCUCAGCCCCUGAUGCAGGUUCCUCCCCUCUACUAUGGCCCACAACAACAGCAGCAGUAUGGCCAGUAUCAGCAACCACAAGGCCCGUAUCAGCACCAACCCCAAGGAGGAAGAGGAGGUUGGGCACCAGGAGGAAGAGGAGGUUGGGCACCAAGAGGCAGAGGACGUGGCACAGGAAACACCACAUAUUUCUGCUAUAACUGUGGAGGACCAGGGCAUAUAGCCAGAAACUGCAGGCUAGAACCCCAGCAAAUGGGGCCCCCACGUGGUCAAGGCUGUGACCAACCCAGAGAACCACCUUACCAACCACCUUACCAACCACCCCCUCAGAGACAAGCCAACAUGCCUUACCCAGUCCCAUAUGAUGUGGACCCAGCCACCCAGACCCCCCUGAGGGAGUGGAGGAACGAAUGAGGAUGCCCGCCACCAGAAGGGGGACUGAUGCGACACUUUGGACUAAACACCGAACCACUUGUGUCAUGUGACAUCGAUGGUGUCCCUCAUCUCAUGCUGGCAGACACUGGAGCAACAUACUCCUGUCGGCGGACCACACAGCCACUUUCAGAAAACUCCACUAUGGUGGUGGGAGUUACGGGGUCCCCAAUUAGACAGUCCUUCACCCAACCCCUCCGUGUGACGCUGGGAAGCCACACAGUUUCUCAUGCAUUCCUCUCUGCCCCAACAUGCCCGGCCAACUUAUUAGGACGUGACUUGAUGUGCAAACUCAAGUUGAAGAUUUAUCUCGAUGAAAAGGGGGUCCAAAUCUCCUCUGAAGUCCCAGAAACCACAAGACAGCAUCCAAUUCGUAUCCUAUUCACUGGAGAAACACCCCAACCGCAGGAUCAAGAAGUGUUUUGGCUCAGAUUGAUGCCCACUGGCCCCUCAACACCACACAUCCAGUUCCUGUUCAAUACAUACAAACCUAAAAUGUAUGCCUUACACCCAUACAAAACACCCCUCUCACACAUACACUGCACUCUUAAUGUCACCUCGAACCCUGAUGAACAAUAUGAGGAAGACUGGGACGAGAACAUGGCUCAUCUACAACCCAAGAUCACAUGAUCAAGUAUAGUGUGUGGCAAAGAAGGAGUGGCUGCAGAGGUUAAACUGGAUGUCUUUGCUGAAGAAUGGUACCAGCUCACAGAGUCUGCUCCACAUAUAACACUAACUGUGGGAUUUGGCCAUGAAGCUCGCAGUCUAGGCCCCAUGAUGAAGAGAGCACAAGGUUUGACCUGGAUUGCCACUACAGACCCAGAUGUUCUCAAGGCCGCCACUGAAGACAUGUGGAAGUUCAACAUCCCUGCCACCACGGAAACCACACUCCCAGAACACUUGCCCAUACCAAGACAUCAAGGUUUGUCCUGCACUGGCCACACCAGACUACACCAAGCUAAUUCAUCUUGAUGUUGCAGAGAUGGGUGGUGUUGUUAAUGCAGUAUUAUUCCAAAGGCGUUCAACAGACCGAUGUGUCCUCAUCUACCAUUCCUCCAAACUCGACACGGUCGAGACAGGACAAAGUUCGUGUGCCCGAUACGUUGCAGCUGUAGCGAAAGCCAUUGACAAAACCAGCCAUGUCGUCAUGGGACAUCCAACUCAGAUUCACACCCAGCAUGGAGUUGCCGCUUUCCUCCAGAGCAAAGAGUUCAACUUCAGUGCAGCCCGGAAGACCAAACUUCAGGUCCAGUGCACUCAGUCACACAUAACCUUUGUUCCAAGCAUCAACAACAUGGCGACCAACAUUACAAGUGGAACACCCCAUGUGUGUGGAGAACUUGCGAUCAAGGAAAACAAGCUCAGACCAGAACUGAGUGCAGAUCCCAUUCUGAAUGCUGAUGCCUGGCUGUACACGGACGGUUGCUGCUACAAAGGAGAAGAUGGCAAUGUGGCUGCCUAUGCUGUAGUGCAGCAACACACAGAUGGAAGUCACACCACCUUGGAAGCUGGAAUCAUUCCCCAGCCAGCUUCAGCUCAGUUAGCUGAAGUCACAGCCCUCACAAGAGCCCUAGAGUUGGGGCAAGGGCAAAUUGUAAAUGUCUACACUGACUCUGCAUACGCACAUGGUGCCGUUCAGCUUGAUGGCCCGUCCUGGAUGAGACGAGGCUUCCUGACUACCGGUGAUCAACCGAUCAGACAUCAAGUUCCAAUGAGACGCCUCCUGAGUGCAGUUCUGUUGCCCAGAUGCCUGGCUGUCAUGAAGUGCAAAGGACACGACACCAACCAAACCAGAAUCAGUGCUGGAAAUAAAGCAGCGGACCAAGCUGCCAAGGAGGCAGGAGGUUACACGCCGCCUCAGAUGGUCAUGGCCUCCCCCAGCCCAGCUCAGUUCCCUGAACUCACUGAAGACACGCUCAUCCAAAUUCAGGAAAAAGCUGGACCGUAUGAAUGGUCCACAUGGAGACAAAAGGGCGCCCUGAAGUCUAAAGAAGGCCUCUGGAGGUCCCAUGAUGGACGCAUCGUUGCCUCGGCAGAACUUUGUGCCAUGUUGCUCAAAGAAGCACAUGGCCUCACCCAUGAAGGAAAACUCAGAACCUUCCAGAGAAUUUCAGCCCUAUGGUGGCAUCCACAUCUCGAGAGCAUCUCCAAUUUAUUUUGUGACGAAUGUUCCAUUAGUGGGAACCCCAAUCCUAGAAGACCUUUCCAACGCCCAUAGGUUCAUAUCCCGUUCCUGCCGUCUGUUUCCAAGACAUCAGUAUAGACUAUACAGAUAUGGGUGCAGACAUGAGAGUGCAGGGAAUGAGAUACAUGUUGGUAAUGGUAUGUGGGUUUUCUAGAUGGGUUGAAGCCAUCCCCCCCAGACGGGAGGAUGCAAAGUCAGUGAUCAAGUGGCAGCAGAAGGACUUGAUCCCCCGUUACGGGGUUCCACGGUUCAUCCGCUCAGACAAUGGCACACACUUUAACAACACACACCUAAGAGAGGUAGAGGCUGCCUUGGGCAUUCACCACAAGUUUGGCUCAGUGUAUCAUCCACAGUCACAAGGCCUUGUAGAAAGAGCCAAUCAAACGUUGAAAGCCAAAAUUGCGAAGGUUUGUGCAGACACUAAAAUGACAUGGGUUGAAGCCCUGCCAUUGGUGUUGAUGACAAUGAGGUCGUCCCCAGGCGGUAAGACACACCUGUCGCCACAUGAACUGUUGACAGGCAGAGUUAUGCCUGGUCCACCCAGGGAUGGAGGUCACGUGCCACCCCUGGAUGUACAUUGAAAUGUCAAGUUAUAUGAAGGUUUUAACUGCUGUUACUGUAGCUCUCUCCAAUCAGGUCUCCAGGGCCCUGGCGACUGAUCCGGAGGAAGCUGCAGGACCAAAGGUAAAAGUCGGUGACUGGGUAAGAGUUAAGGUUCACAAAAGAAAGUGGCCAGAACCCAGGUGGACUGGACCGUACGAGGUGAAGGAAAUUACUUCACACUCGGCCCAGGUCAAAGGUAAAUCAGGCGCUCCUUGGCACCACCUGACACAUUGUACCCCAGCACCUUCAACUUCCCGCCCAUUGGCUGAAAUAAGAACUAAUUUGAAAAAUGGAGAGGGUAUAAGUUGUGCCUGUGUUACUCCUGGACUGCCAUGGAGUCCUGUGCUUCUUCUGGUCAUAAAAUGACUCCCAAGAUUAAGACGUGCACAGCACAGGAUGAAAAGGGGGAGGGCCAGAAGCCUUACAGCUUACCACUGGCGUUAAACAUCACAAAGAGACGUGGUUGUAUGAUUGUAUGUCUGUUUGUUUUUAUUUGCUUCAUUCAGAAGUAAAGAAUUCCCAAAGAAAUUGUUAAAAUUACACUGUUUGGUAGCAAUUUGUUGUUUCAGAUUUUAAAAAUAUAUCCAAUCCAUUAGAGGAAAGGAGAAACGGUUUAGGCCUCCAAAUUUCUACAUAAAAUCAGAUCAUUUAAUAUCUUAUUUUAUUUUAACCUGACACAGCAGGGCUAAUAGUAAAGACCAUUUUAAUACUCCACAAGUUACUAAUUGGGUUCGUAAUAUAAAUUCAAGGAUGAGUGAUUCACUACAUUAAAUUAAGGUGUCCUUUUAAAGCCCAUCUCUAAGUACAGUUUAUGUGCAAAGUUUUUCCUUCUCUUUCUCUGUUUGUAUUAUAUUUAAGCCACUUACACCCAUACAAAAGUUUCAUCCGCGACUGUGGCCUUGUGAGAAUGAGAUAACAAUGUUUUUUGUUUUUAGUCUGGUGAAGUUGCUGCUCCGAUGAAAUGAGCCCAGUGAAAGUUCAAUAACAGCUGAUCUGUUCUGCAAUGCUCAGGUUUGAUGAGAAGGGAAAUCAAGCUCUUCUCUUUGGUUGUUGAAAAGCUGUUUUAUUGACUUUUAUUAAUUUUGUUUUGCUGGCUGUGAUUCUUUUAAUCACAGCUAUGUUUUGACAUUAAGCGCUCCAGUUCCCCAAGCAAGCACACAGAACUUGGGACACACUAUACUGAUACAGCCUGAAGUGCUAGCAACCUCUCAGAGCUACACCACACCCCUUCUCACACACUGAUAAAGAUCCUCUCGGCGGGACCUGCGAACCGACACCGGAGUUUUAUUUUUCCUUAUGUUUUCUAUUUUCCUAUUCAUUUUUGAGCAUUUAACAGAGUCCACAGUGUCAGAGGUUGAUUUUGCUUUUUGUGUUACAUUUUCUCUCUAAAUCCACAGUAUCAUGCAUGUGUUUUAAUUAAAUAAGAUAUGAUUGCUGUGAUUCCUUUAAAUCACAGCUAUGUUUAGACAAUUAUUUAUCUAUAAUUGUCAGUUUUGAAUUUUUGAUUGAUUGCUGUGAUUCUUUUAAUCACAGCUAUGUUUAGACAAUUCUAUAUCUAUAAUUGUCAGUUUAGAAUUUUUGAUUGAUUGCUGUGAUUCUUUUAAUCACAGCUAGGUUUUGACAAUUUUAUAAAUGCAAUUGUUAGUUUAAUCAUUUUUGGUUUUAGUAGCUGUGAUUCUUAUAUCACAGCUAUAAGUUGACGUUUCAUUUUUUUUUUGUAUAAUUCCCCUUUUUCCUGCCCUUUACCUUCCCUGUGAUGUCCACACCUAUCAGGUGUGGAAAGGGGGAUUUAUUGACAUACACCAAACACAUAAUACAUACUCAUAUUGAUACACCACAUAUAUUCCUUAAACCAUACUCAUAGUCAACACUUUAUAUCACACAUCCCAGCUCCCUGAUUCAGUUCGCACAGAGACAGUGAGUAGACCCUGGCCCACAAUCUCUCCCCCAGACAGCACACUAACGCAGCUGCACUGAUACAGCAACAUUAUCACCUCUGGUAACCACGACAACGGAGUGCACGUACGACAUCGUCAUCACGCGAUAUUCCAAGAGGAUAUAAUCUAUGUGCGCACUCUGUUUAAGCGUCUUUCUUCCUGUGCAGCCUCCUGCGUAGAACUAGAGACCCAUGCAUGUUCAAUUGCUGGACACCGCGUUUUCCUGACCUGUGACCUCUGAAUAAACUUGCUUAACUUCAACUUGAGAA